AAAGUAUUAAGGGUAUAUAAUACACGUAGUGUAUUACCAAUAUGAAUUCUAGUUUAAUAGAAAUAGAUACUGACAACAUAGGCCCGACUGCCAUCAAGAAAAGCUAUUGUCAAGCUGUAUCGGCAACAAAUAAGAAACAACCUAUUAGGUACAGCAUUCUAAGUAGGACUCUUUUGAGUAAUAUAACUCAAAACAUUACUGAACUCGAUGUCUUAACGGCAAUUGAAGAUGCUGGGUUAGACAAAGAGCUGGAAGCUUUCCAGAUUAUUCGUAACGGUACGAUGAUUGAGCUGAUCAUGAAAACCGACAAAGCAAAGUCAUCGCUCCAAGAAAAUGGUCUUUGUGUUAAAGGUGUAAUACACAAUUUUCACAAUUCAACUCCUACUAGAAAUAUUAGUAAAAGAAUUGCAGUAUCCGUUAUUGGAUUACCGUUAGAAAAAAAGGGGUUUCCAGUAGGAGUAGCACUGGAAGAGUUAGGAUAUGGUAAGCAUAUCCACACAAGACCAGUGUUCAAAAAAACACCGAAGAAUAAAACACCGUACUUCUCGGGAAUACUAGUUGUCAUUAUUGACAACCUAUUAAAACCUAUACCAAGGAACCUAAGAUUAAAGGGGUACAAUCUUAGAAUUGUCUAUACGGGACAAGAGCUACCAGAAAAUAAUAAAAACAAAAAUGAAACACCAAAAAUAGUGAUACCUGAAACAGAAGAGACAUUAUCUUCAGAAAAAGAAAACAGCUCUGGAGAAGAGAAAGAAGAAGCUACCUUACCAUUAAAUAAUGAGGAUGUACCUAUUCCAACUAUAGUUACAACAGAACCAGAAAAGGUUGCGACCUUAAAUGAAUUAACACCUUGUAAUACUGAACGUAACAACGAUAACACAAAUGAAUGUAGUAACAAAGAAGAUAUAACAACAGAAGAAUUGGAGGACGGGGAAAUAAAUAUACCUGACGAGCUCGAAUGUUUAAACCAUUUAGAAAUGGUAGAACAUAAUUGGAAAUUAUUCAAAAAUUUUGACAGAUACAACUGCUCUGAAGAAGAACUACAAAAACUGAAGAUCUAUAAAAAAGUAGAAUGGGACCAAUUUGAAUCAGAACGCAGAAACUACAGAGCACUUGAAAACGACCAAAAAAAAACAGGCAAAAUAACGCCUUUUUUUUUUGAAAAUAUGGAUUCAGGAGAAAUAUACGCCUAUAAUAAAAAAGAAUUUAAAAACCAUGACAGUGAGGAAUGUUCAUCUGAAGAAACAAAAAAGUAUGUAGCUUAUAAAAAAGCAGAAUGGGACCAACGGAAAAAAGAAUUUGAUCUUUUUGUUAAGAUUCACGAAGUAAAACAAGAGGAAAGAAAGCAAAAAUUCAAGUUAAACCAAAUGAAAAAACAAAAAAGAAAAAGGUUUAACGAAGAAACAAAAACAUAA